UGUAAGAAUAAGAGAUGUCAUUCAAAUGCCUUCCUGUCUCUCAUCAAUUUAAAAACGGCCCUGCCUAUUGCCACUCGCAUCUGACCAGACAAACCACAACAGAUUGAGAGAAGUGCCGAGACAAGAGAGAGAGAGAGAGAAAGAGAAGAGAGAGAGAUAGAUUCUUUGGAGGAGCUUCAUUGUAGGGUUCAUCGUUAUUAACGUAAAAUCUCUCUCCCCCCACCCUACGUCAGCAGCUUUCAGGAAACAAACAUGGGCGCAGGUGGAAGAAUGCAAGUCUCUCCUCCCUCCAGCUCCCCCGAAACCAAAACCCUCAAACGCGUCCCCUGCGAGACACCACCCUUCACUCUCGGAGACCUCAAGAAAGCAAUCCCACCUCACUGCUUCAAACGCUCCAUCCCUCGCUCCUUCUCCUACCUCCUCUUCGACAUCCUCGUCUCCUCCUCCCUCUACCACCUCUCCACAGCCUACUUCCCUCUCCUCCCCCACCCUCUCCCUUACCUCGCCUGGCCCCUCUACUGGGCCUGCCAAGGCUGCGUCCUAACGGGCCUCUGGGUCAUCGCCCACGAAUGCGGCCACCACGCCUUCAGCGACCACCAGUGGCUGGACGACGCCGUGGGCCUCGUCUUCCACUCCUUCCUCCUCGUCCCUUACUUCUCCUGGAAGUACAGCCAUCGACGCCACCAUUCCAACACCGGAUCCCUCGAGAGGGAUGAAGUGUUCGUCCCCAAGAAGAAAUCCGACAUCAAGUGGUACGGAAAGUACCUCAACAACCCGCUAGGACGCACGGUGAUGCUAACCGUCCAGUUCACGCUCGGCUGGCCGUUGUACUUAGCCUUCAACGUCUCUGGAAGACCUUACAGCGACGGUUUCGCUUGCCAUUUCCACCCGAACGCUCCCAUCUACAACGACCGCGAGCGUCUCCAGAUAUACAUCUCUGACGCUGGCGUCCUCUCCGUAUGUUACGGUCUCUACCGCUACGCUGGUUCGCGAGGAGUGGCCUCGAUGGUCUGUGUCUACGGAGUUCCGCUUAUGAUUGUCAACUGUUUCCUCGUCUUGAUCACUUACUUGCAGCACACGCACCCUUCGCUGCCUCACUAUGAUUCUUCGGAGUGGGAUUGGUUGAGAGGAGCUUUGGCUACUGUGGAUAGAGACUAUGGAAUCUUGAACAAGGUGUUUCAUAACAUCACGGACACGCACGUGGCGCAUCAUCUGUUCUCGACGAUGCCGCAUUAUAACGCGAUGGAAGCGACCAAGGCGAUAAAGCCGAUACUUGGAGAGUAUUACCAGUUUGAUGGAACGCCGGUGGUUAAGGCGAUGUGGAGGGAGGCGAAGGAGUGUAUCUAUGUUGAACCGGAUAGGCAAGGUGAGAAGAAAGGUGUGUUCUGGUACAACAAUAAGUUAUGAGGAUGAUGAUGAUGAUGAUGAUGAUGAUGAUGAUGAUGAUGAUGGUGGAAGGACAGAGUUAAAAGUUGUUGUCGACUUUUCUCUUGGUCUGGUUUAGUCUUUGUUCUAAUUAGAAACUAUGUAUUUGUUACAGUAAUGUUAUUAUUGUCUCAUUUUGUUGUGUUAUGACAUUUUGGCUUAAAUUAAGUAUGUUUUAGCAUU